ACAACAUUACAAGACAAAAGUCUGAACCCUACAAAAUGCCAUAAACUUGCCUAUCACGAAAAAUUUGAAUAUUUUAACAUGAGUUUAGGAGUUUUAAAAGCCUGAAGGUGGUUUAAACUACACUGUCAUGCACUGUCCCCUUCAUAUUCUAAUAAUCUUUCUUGUUUUGUGUUGCUCAUAACCACCAAGUAAUCAGCUGGUUUCUCUCAUACCCGUCAAAACAACAAAAAUCUGUGUUUUGAUUAGACUUUGCGAAAAAAAACAACAACCAAGAAUGCUUGGUUAAUUUUGCUUGUUGAGGCUGUCAUUUGCAAGAGAUAGGCUGACGCACAUCAGAGAGCUCAGAAGAAAUUGGAGAGAUUCUGAAAUUGUGUAGUCGAUGCAAAUGCAAAGUCGCCCGCAUUUAUGUUAGGCUUUCACAAUGUCAGCAGAAACACCACUUGAGUCUGACCAAGUCCCUGGAUAUGUUGAUGGAUCUGCUCCCGAGUAUGUCCUAUACGAAGUGCUCAAAGAUUUAUGUUUGAACAAUGCGAAGCACUUCGAAUCUCAUGACAAUGAAACUGGACUAAGGUUGCAUGGUGCAUUCCUCGCGCUUAUUGAUCAUGUUGAGACAGUCAAACCAGCAGUUGAUUAUGUUCGGAAAGAAGCUCCAUCUUAUGACUUUGAUGAAAACACCCCUGGUAAUGGUUAUGCCAGCUUUGUGAGUGUCGUUGAUGCCUGCAUUCGCCAUGGUGUCAAGCUUUGUAAGCAAGUUUGUAUAAAUCGUGAUUCCUUCUUUUUUCGGGCCAGUUAUUAUAUGCGGGAGGUAGAGGCAUGUUCUCAUCUCCUAGCAUCAUUGGUGACAUGCCUUGCACACCUUCGACAGCUAAUGGAAUGGAGUGAACCAGGGGAACUUUUUCCAUCCGGUGACCACUCACCUCAGGAUCUUCUUGCUAAAGCAGAGAGUAUAAACCAAUAUUGCUUUUAUGGUCGUUGCCUUGGUUUCCAGUUUUGUGAAUCUGUCCAGAUUGUUCUGAAGGCUAUCUCCAUUGCAAUGGCCUCAUAUAGUGACGUGUAUUAUGGUGAGGGAGGAUUUGUUUCUCGAGCUACAAAUACAGUUUGGAAUGGUGGUAAAUAUUUUAUGGAUCCUGAACUGAGAGCUCGUCGUAUUGUGAACAUUUCUCAGUACGCUGAUGUUCAGUUCUGCAAGUCAUUUUGGUUUCUGGCUGAGUCAGAGGUCAUGCAACGCCUUCCUAUGAUAGUAUGUCCAGCUCUUGUUGUGAAUAAGGUCAUCUCCAUACCUCCUGAGCCCCUGGAGCACACAAAACCUGAUGGAAGUGUAAUUCAAAUUCCUAUUCCCACUGUUCAUAUUGGUCCUCAGCCCUUGUUAGUCAGGCUGAUGUCUGCUGUGUGGAGAGAGGGAAUGGUUGGAGAGGCUGCAGGUAAAACAGACACCAGACCACCAUCGCCUGCCUUGAUUUUUCAUUGUCAUGGUGGUGGGUUUGUUGCUCAAAGCUCAAGCUCACAUGAGCCUUAUCUGAGAGAUUGGGCACGCAGACUUGGUGUCCCCAUAUUCUCAAUCGACUACUCAUUGGCUCCGGAAGCUCCAUUUCCCAGGGCCUUGGAUGAACUAGUUUAUGCAUAUUGCUGGGCGCUCAAGAACUGCCAUCUUUUGGGUUCCACAGCUCAGCGUGUGGUACUUGUUGGCGAUUCUGCUGGCGCAAACCUCAACAUGGCGUUGGCUUUGAAGUGCAUUGAGCUUGGUCUGCAGCCACCUGCCGGUUUAUUUAUGGCCUAUGCUCCUGUAUUGGUAUCAUUUGUACCAUCACCAUCUCGAUUACUGUGUCUUAUGGAUCCAUUAUUACCAUUUGGGUUCAUGAUGAGAUGCCUUAAAGCAUAUGCAAGUCCCAAAGACACCCAAGGGAAACUCGUAAAUAGUGGUGCAACAUCUGUUGAUGAGACACCCGAAUUGGCUGAAAUGGGUUCAACAGCAGCAAAUGAUGCAGUUGAAGCUGAAGCAGCCUUUGAAGCAGUUGAGGCCUGUUUUAGUACACAACCCAAUGGAGUUCCAGCUACUGGCAGUGAUACAGAAUCUUUUGAAGAGGUGUCAGAGAGUGACCUGGCUGCUCUUGCUGCUUUAUCUGUUGGGGGAAUGACUGCUCGCCAGCUGCUUCAGCCAGAAGCUGAUCAAAUCACACCAAUGCGAUAUGUCUUAGACAUGGACAUUGAUUCGGAGGGGCAUCAAAUUCCUGUGUUACGUGCGUGUCCUGGAGAAGUUGCAGAGGAAAAUGUAAUUUUUCAAGUUGGACAAAGAGUGGAUGGAUAUGGUUUCCAGGAGAGAGUGACUCAGAUGGCAGACAGCUUAGCAAGUACAGUGUCAAGCUCAUUCUCAUCUCUCUUAGCUUCCAAGGCAAGCAGUCCAACAAAUAGUAAUGAAUGUGACACUCCAAGCAGGUCUACUUGGUCUCAAUUGGAUGCACUUAUGCAGCGCAGCCCAACCGAAGAAUUCCAGUUUUCUGUACCUCGAGAUCCCUUCCUGUCUCCAUACUGGGCUAGUGAUGAUGUUUUGAAACAACUUCCGCCUGUCAGUGUAUUGUCAUCACAAUUUGAUCCUUGUUUGGAUGAUUGUGUCAUGCUUGCAAAAAAGCUACGAGGGUUGGGAAAUAAUGUCACUUUAGACGUUUUGGAAGGACUUCCUCACGGUUUUCUCAAUUUUAGUUUGCUAAGCAAGGAAGCACAUGAAGGUUCAAAGUUGUGUGUGAAACGCAUAAUGAACCUUCUGAAAAUGGAGCCAUCUCCUGAUGGGUCACCUGAGAAAUCACCAAUAUAAAAGAAUUGCAGCCACCCAGGGUGGGUGAAGAAAUGAUGCACUGUACAAGAGAACUGGUGCAAAUCUAACUGUAAGUUACCAUUUCCUACUCAUAAUCAGCUCUCUUGUAUUGAAGAGGUGUAGCAAUUUAAAUAAUAAAAUUUCUGCCUGUGAUAAGCAGCACAUAAGGAGUAGAGGUAGUUUUGGGUAGUCUUAUCUUUAACAACUAGUUUCAAUAGCAACUUAGAGAUUACUAGUCCUCUUUUAAAGUCCAAGUACAUAGCAAGUUUGUGGUAUUGUUAAUAAUCUUUAACAGAAAUUAUGAAAAAAUGAAUCUAAUUUGUAUGUACAGUGGGUGUGGAUGUGAAGCAUUGACUCAUGCUAUGCUUGGAAUGUUAAAAAUGCUCAAUUUUGCAAAGUGAGUAAGGGUUGGAACUGCAGGAGAGACGUACGUACCUACGGACGCCCAGUGAGAAAUCGGCUACUUUGCUGGUAGGGCAGGUAGGCCACCCCAAGCAUGCCUCCAAUUUCUCGCAGGCUAUCUCUUGUUUACCGGGGUACGUACAUCGGUUCCCCUGCCAUAUAUUGAAUGUUAAGCAUUAUAUUACUUGUAUGCUAGUUGUAUUCCUAAUACUUUUUACAUAUUGAUGUAUUUUGCAAUGAAUUAUUGACUUCAAUUUUAUUACAAAUGUACUUAAUUCCACCUACUUAAUCUUACUUAUACUUCGUCCUUGAAUUGUCUGUUUUCCUUGUUCCAUAUUCAUAUUGUUACUUUUUUCCUGACAGUAAACUUGUAACAAGUUGUCAGCUCAUUUGUAAUUAUCAAUUUUUUCUCCAGAUCAUAGUAGAGUGCCCUUUGGCCCACAUUUGAGGGGAGGAUGAAAUAAACACUUCACAUUAGUAA